AUGUUCCUAGCGUCCACUAUCAGUGGUUUAACUUAUUUCAGCGGAUCAGAGACAUUUGCAACAGGAAAAAUCAAAUAUAAAACGAUGUUUGGAAUGGGCAUUGGUGUCAUAAUCGUGUUAACCAUUAUUAUCAAUAUGUACUUCUUUAUUUCAUGUUGCGGACAUUUCUUUACAACUCAUAUCUUCUUUUUGGCAUCAACAAUCAUAUACGUUGUAUUCACAGCAUCGACUAAAAACGUUAUAAAUGCACACAAAUCUGUCUGGUUUUCGAAUAACCAAGGAAAUGUAUAUUAUCAGAUUGAUCACGAGUGCUGCGGAUGGGAAAACUCAUCACACUACGCUUUGGACAAAUGCCCAUUUAAAUAUCAGUCGGGAUGCAAGAGUAUUUUAACAAAUUACGUAAAUACGAGAUUUGGUAGACUUUUUGAUGGAUUCUGCGCAGCUUUAGUCAUUGGUAACUUUUGUUUGUUUGUUAUUUCUGUUCUAGACUGCUGUUUUGGCUAUGAUGACAUUUGCUCUGAAUCUUUCGGAGAAAUAAUGUUUUAA